AUGUCACACCCUUUAAGCUUUCUCCUCCUUAUUCUCUCCCUCUUCUUCUUCAACUCCAUAUUCACCAAUUCUACUUCUUUUUCACCACUAUGCGCUCCGAACCAUUGCGGCGACGUUGGGAUCCUCUACCCCUUUUGGUUGUAUGGCGACAACACCACCUCCGAUAAAUCAUAUUGCGGCUACAAGGGCUUUGGUCUCACGUGCUCGUCCGCCGACGAGAAACCUAUACUUGCUUUGCCCAACGACACAUACUACGUAACCGAAAUAGAUUAUAUUCACUACACCCUCACCCUCGUCGACAUCGACGCCGCAAACCAAUCGUGUCCGAGGGUGCGUCACAACAUCACUCUCGGCACGCUGCCAUUGAAUUUUUCUACUUCGGAUUUGAACCUCAGUUUUUACUUUAAUUGUAGUUCCUUGUACCCAACAUCUGUGCCUCCCAUCGGGUGCUUGGAGGGGUAUAAUACGAAUUACCCGUCGUUUGUUUUUGUCGAGGGGGAGGAGACGGCGGGGUUCGACUGGGCAAAUAUUUGCGAGGAGAAGGUGGUGGCCGCUGUGAUGGAGACGGAGAUUGAUACUAGCAAUUUGAGUAGUGGGGGGUUUGCUGGGGCUAUAAAGAAUGGAUUUGCGCUUGAUUGGAAGCCGCUUAAGGAUUGUGGUGCCUGUGAAAGCUCCGGUGGGUAUUGUGGGUACAACAACACAGGCGAGGAGGACAAGUUCUUGUGCUUUUGCAGGGAUGGAAGCAUCAAUGGUGAAGGUUGCAAAGCAUCAUUUAUUUAG